GGGUAAAGUGUCAGUUCAAGGUGUUUGCAUCAAAACUUGUUAAGCAGCAAACUUGGCAAAUCAAAACCUUGAAUUUAGACCAUUCCUGCUUCAGAGUAAAGAAGAACAAGAUGCUUACUGCUGAAUACAUAGCAGAGAGGUAUUUAGAAGAGUUUAGGAGUAACCCUGGUUGGAGAAUUAAGGAGAUUAGGGCUAGGAUUUUGAAUGAUUUAGGAGUUGAUGUGAGUUACUAUAAGGCAUGGCUAGCUAGGUGUAGGGCAAAACUACUGAUAUUUGGUUCAGCUAGGGAGCAGUAUGCUAGGGUGUGGGAUUAUGUCAAUGUUCACACAUGAUCAAGGAGCUGGGCUGACCAUCAUGUCUGACAGGCAAAAGGGUUUGAUUAAAGCAAUGGCUGAUGUUAUUCCCAAAGCUGAGCAAAGGUUUUGUGUGAGGCAUAUUUGGGCUAACUUCAAGCUCAACUUCACUGGAUCAACCUUUAAGGAGCUGUUUUGGAGAGCAGCUAGGGCCACCACCAUUUUUGAGCAUGAAAUUGCCAUGGAGUCUAUCAAAUUCCUCGAUGAAGAGGCAUAUGAGUAUUUAAUCAACAUUCCUCCCCACCAUUGGUCUAGACAUGCAUUCACACCAAACUGCAAGUCCAACAUGUUGUUGAACAACAUGUGUGAGACUUUCAAUGCAGUCAUUAGGCCUGCCAGAGAUAAACCUAUCCUCACCCAAAUGGAAUGGAUGAGGAGGUAUAUUAUGAACAGGAAUAAUGAAAAGUGGGAGGAUUCAAAAACAAUUACACACAACUUAGUGCCAUAUGUGAGGCAUGUUCUGGGGAGGAUAGACUUUGUGGCUAGGUCCUGUGUGGUGCAGCCAUCCAGAGGGAAUACAUUUGAGGUGCAGCUGAAGGAUGACCAGGUGUUGGUUGAUUUGGACAAGGAGACCUGCACAUGUUACCAUUGGGAACUCACUGGCAUUCCAUGUGUUCAUGCUUAUGCCUGCAUAUUGGAUAUGAGGGGUGACAUAGAGGCUGUUGUUGACCCAUACUAUACCAUGGACACAUACAGGUCUGCUUAUGAACCAGCUGUCCAACCAAUGCCUGGCCCAAAGCACUGGGAGAGAGUCAGAAUGAGGGAACCACUACCCCCUUCUGUUAAGGUGCAACCUGGGAGACCAAAGAGCAAAAAAAGGAAGCUUGAGCCAGGAGAAUGUUCUUCUUCAGGUGGUCAGGCAAGUACCAAGAGGAAGAAGCAAUGCAGCAACUGUGGGGGAUAUAGGCAUUAUGCCAAGACUUGCAAAGUACCUGCUGCACCAGCUACAGAGCUGAUAAAGUCAGCAGGCAGACCCCCACUGAACACUCCUUGGAUGGUGGAGGAGAGGAAGAAGAAAGAGAUUAGGGCUGCUAAAAAGAGUGCAAUUGGGGCUGGACCAAACAGCAUAGGAAACAAAAAGUUUCCUCAAGAGCAAGAAGGUUGUCUGCCAUUCAGCAAGCGCCCACAGCCACAGUCUUCCUCAGCUAAGCAUUCCUCAGCUCAGCCAUCCUCUAGUCAGCCAUCCUCAGCUCAGCCUUCCUCAAGUCAGCCUGCCUCAAGCCAACCAAAAAGAAAGACAAGGUCUUCCUCAAGUCAGCCUACAACAGCCACAGGUGUUGUAACAAGGGCCAGGCUGCAAUCCCUCAACAACCUUACUCAGUGAUGUACUCAUGCUGGAUAUCAAACAUUAUGUCUGUUGAACAAUUUCAAACUUUUAUUAUGUACUCAUGACUGGUUAUGUAACUUGCUAGUUUUUUAGUGGCUUCCCUUAACAAAUUUGAACAAUUAGAUAUUGAAUUGUAAUGGUUGCAUGGCUUUGAUUGCCAUUGAAACAUGUUGAAGUAA